AUGCCCACUAAACCUCCGGCUUCAUCAUUCGUGAGAGGGCAUGUCUGCAACUUCACGUUUUCCAUCGGCCGAAAGGUCUCCGCCGAGCGCUCGCUUCGCUGCGGGGGUCGGUCGAAUCGAUGGCGGCUCGCUCAGGUGAAUGCCUCCAUCCACGGCGGUUCCUCGGGCCAAGUCGUUCUUCCGUCCGUCGCCUUCCAAGCGCCUGGCACGGGCAAUUCCUUGUCUGGAGACUUGCGAAUCACUUGCGUAGAUGCCAUCAGCCAAGAAGAGGCGGCUGAAGUGGACAUCGAGGACGUGGUCGAAGUCUUCGCGCAGAUGGAGGUGGUCAAUGUGAGGAGCUUCGUCGCGCCCGCCACGCCGAAGCAUGUGGAGCUGGAGGGCGGCGCCUUUGCUGGUGCCACCGGCGCAGCCGAGAUGCCAGCUUCGCGGACGCGCGUGCAGCGCAAGGUCAUUGGCUGA